AUGGCAGCCGUGCGUCCGGUCAACAACCUGAACACCCCCACUAAUGUCAGCAUAUCCUUCACACUGUAUGGUAUUCUGGGAGUGACAUGGGAAAUAGAGUUUUUGAGUUGGGACCCAGUAGAGUGUGGCACGGCAUCCAUCACCCUACCAAGGAAGAAGUUCUGGGUGCCUGACAUCGUCAUCGAUGAAUUUGUGGAUGAAAACAAUGCCCCGGAGACCUUCUACGUCUCGGUGAGCCACACUGGGGUUGUACAAGAUUCCUUGCCAGUGGAGGUCAUCAGCUCCUGCAAUUUGGACAUCUACAACUUUCCUUUCGACAUCCAGAACUGCUCCUACACCUUCAACUCCUGGAUACACCACGCUGAUGAAAUUCAGCUCUCAUUUGGAAAGCAGGUGGAGGAGAUGUUCAACAGGUCCAAAAAGGUCAUAGCCACCAUGGGGGAGUGGGAACUCAUAGACAUGAAGGCCUACAAGCAUGAUUUAGUCAACUUUGAUGAGUCCAAACGCGAACAACUCACCUACUUCAUUGCCCUUAGGCGUCAACCAACCAUGUAUGUGGUGAACCUGCUGAUCCCCAGCUUCUUCCUCAUCACAGUGGACCUCUUCAGCUUCCUCCUCCCCCCACAGAACGUGGACCGAUCCGCCUUCAAAAUGACUCUCAUCCUGGGCUACACCGUCUUCCUGCUGCUCAUGAACGACCUGCUGCCUGUCACAGGAAACACCAUACCACUCAUCAGUAAGUUGAACAGUACCAUUCUCAUCACGAACAUCUACUGUCUCUCUAGAUGUGUUUUUCUCCCUGUGCCUGACUCGAGACCAUUCUCAUCACUAACAUCUACUGUCUCUCUAGAUGUGUUUUUCUCCCUGUGCCUGGCUCUUAUGGUGGGAAGCCUCCUCGAGACCAUUCUCAUCACUAACAUGCUAAGUGGCUCCAUUCGUGACCUCCCUCUGCCGACCUGGAUAAGAGUCAUUUUCCUAAACUUCCUUGCACCACUAGUCUGCAUGGGAAAGAAAGGUAGUGAAGGCACUCCUUCUCAAAAACAAGAAAGCUACGGAGAGAACCCCGCCGAUCCCUCGAAGGGAGAGAGUCGACAUGGGACCAGAGACGCUAAAGAGUCUCAGACUGCAGACCCCAGCCUGCUGGAGGUCAAACACCUGAGAGAAGAGCUACGAGACGUCCAAAGACAGCUGGAGAAACCCGACACAACGGACCACACUGCAGAGGACUGGAUGUGCAUCGCGCUGGUCAUUGACCGCUUCUUAUUUUGUAGUUAUGUCAUCUUUCUCCUCUUCAGCUCCAUUGCUAUAUUGGUGAUAUGGAUUUCCAUGUACGGUGACUCCCAGGAUCACUGA